CUUGUGACUCUCAUGUAGUCAUGUGAUUGAAAAUCGCCACUCAACAACUAUAGCAACGACACGUGUCACUCGUGUCAGUCCAAGCUUCUCCACUCUUCUUCUCUACUACAUAACGGACCAUUCUUCUCCUCUGCUUUCUUCACUUUCUCAUCUCCUCCAUUAGCUCUAUUUUCCUCAGUUGCCGUGCAAAAGGGUCUCUUUCAUAAUGGCAACUGUGACUGUUUCUUCACACUUUGUGUCAAGAACUUCACUUUUCAACAAUCAUGGAGCUUCUUCAUGCUCUGAUCUGUCUCAGAUUACCUUAAAAGGUCAAUCCUUGACUCACUGUGGGUUACGGUCUUUCAACAUGGUGGAUAAGCUUCAGAGGAGAUCUCAAGCUAAAUCUGUUUCUGCUAAAUCCUCAAAGGGGUCUUCUAAAGUUAAGACUGGUGGUAAGAUUGUAUGUGAGAAAGGGAUGUCUGUGAUCUUUAUUGGAGCUGAGGUUGGUCCAUGGAGUAAAACUGGUGGUCUUGGUGAUGUCCUCGGUGGUCUACCUCCAGCUUUGGCUGCUAGAGGUCACCGUGUGAUGACAAUUUGUCCUCGGUAUGACCAAUAUAAAGAUGCUUGGGACACUUGUGUUGUGGUUCAGAUCAAAGUUGGGGAUAAAGUUGAGAAUGUUCGUUUCUUUCAUUGCUAUAAACGAGGAGUUGAUCGUGUCUUUGUUGACCAUCCAAUCUUUCUUGCUAAGGUUGUGGGCAAAACAGGAUCCAAAAUAUAUGGUCCUAUAACUGGAGUAGACUACAAUGACAAUCAACUCCGGUUCAGUUUGUUGUGUCAGGCUGCUCUUGAGGCACCACAGGUUCUGAACCUGAAUAGCAGCAAGUACUUCUCUGGACCAUAUGGUGAAGAUGUAGUCUUUGUUGCCAAUGACUGGCACACUGCUCUCCUUCCAUGUUACCUCAAAUCUAUGUAUCAAUCCCGCGGAGUCUACAUGAAUGCAAAGGUUGUCUUCUGCAUUCACAACAUAGCCUACCAAGGAAGAUUUGCCUUUGAUGACUAUUCUCUUCUCAACUUGCCCAUCAGCUUUAAAAGUUCUUUUGACUUCAUGGACGGGUAUGAAAAGCCCGUAAAAGGACGGAAAAUUAAUUGGAUGAAGGCUGCAAUUCUGGAAGCUGACCGUGUCUUAACAGUUAGUCCAUACUACGCUCAAGAACUCAUCUCUGGAGUCGAUAGAGGCGUGGAGUUGCAUACAUAUCUUCGAAUGAAAACAGUUUCCGGAAUUAUUAAUGGAAUGGAUGUUCAAGAAUGGAACCCGUCUACUGACAAAUACAUCGAUAUCAAAUACGAUAUUACCACUGUUACAGAUGCUAAACCAUUGAUCAAAGAAGCACUUCAGGCUGCUGUUGGACUUCCAGUCGACAGCGAUGUCCCGGUUAUCGGUUUCAUAGGGAGAUUGGAGGAGCAGAAGGGCUCUGAUAUUCUAGUGGAAGCUAUUUCCAAGUUCAUGGGGCUCAAUGUUCAGAUGGUUAUCCUUGGGACUGGUAAGAAGAAGAUGGAGGCUCAGAUUCUGGAACUAGAAGAGAAAUUCCCAGGGAAGGCGGUUGGAGUGGCGAAAUUCAACGUGCCAUUGGCUCAUAUGAUCACUGCUGGAGCUGACUUCAUCAUUGUCCCGAGCAGGUUUGAGCCGUGUGGUCUCAUUCAGCUGCACGCCAUGAGAUAUGGAACCGUCCCUAUUGUGGCAUCUACUGGUGGGCUUGUGGACACUGUGAAAGAUGGCUACACAGGUUUCCACAUUGGAAGAUUCAACGUCAAGUGUGACGUUGUGGAUCCAGAUGAUGUGAUUGCAACAGCAAAGGCUGUGACGAGAGCCGUUGCAGUGUAUGGAGCAUCCACAAUGAAAGAGAUGGUCAAGAACUGCAUGGACCAAGACUUCUCCUGGAAGGGACCUGCGAGGUUGUGGGAGAAGGUAUUAUUGUCCCUUAAUGUGGCGGGAAGUGAAGCCGGAAUCGAGGGUGAAGAGAUAGCUCCUCUGGCGAAGGAGAACGUAGCGACGCCCUGAGAAUGUGAUUUUGUUUGUGUCAAAGUGGUUGAAGAAAGCGUUGGGAAGUUA